GGCUGAGGAGUUGGACACACACUGGGCUUGCCUGCCAUUCGUACUUUCUGCAGAAAUGAAUGAACGACUUAUGACUUUGUUUACUGCUUGGCUGACUUCCCCUGCAAAUGGUGUAUCUUUAUUCCGCACAUGCAGUUUUGUCCCCCCUUCUAGAUACGAAGGCCAGGCAGUUUUCUCAUCCCCUGUUGAGGUUUUGGGUUGUUCUCGAUCCCUUCAAGUGACUCGAGUUCACCAGACCAAGUCGACAAUUAGUGGGCGACACAUACACACAUCUCGCCGAGACUGAUCAGUACCUACAACGCUGGUCUUUGUCACCUUUUCACGGCCAACUCACCAUCCAAGCAUCCCACCACUACACACAGUAACCUCGGCGACACGACAUCCCACGCACAUAAAGGAAGCCCCGAUCAGCAGAACUCAACAAUGACACCCAUCUCCAUCUCGAUCCACAACGCCGACCCUGCUACCCUCCAAUACCACGUAGAAGAACAGCAGCCCGGCCACUGCCGCCGUCCCAACGACGACGAGGACGAACAAGCAGGACCACAAGCUCGGGAAUACUACCACCACCACCGCGACCACCACCAGUACGAGCCCUACAAUUCACCAACCACCACCAAUCCUCAAUCGAUUCUCGAAACGCGCAGAGUUACACUGCCCAGGCCAUCGCGGGCGUCAUCACGGGUUGCAUAUUCGGCUUCCUAGCGUUCCUGAUCACGUUCUACUGCGCUGUGCGGUACCAGGGACGGCUUCUGUCCCGGUUCCGGUUCGGCUGGGGGUCCCGAAACCAACAACAACGACGACGACGGCAACAACAGCUAGUGGAAGAACAAGACCCGGAGGACAUCAUCGACGGCGGUGGUGGUGAUAGAGUGCACGAGCGGGAGCAGCUGGACAGUUCUGGUGGCCGGACAAUCUACCGCGCUGGUGCUGGAGCUGGUGGUGUCAAUGCUCUGGCUGCCGACAACAAUGGGAGCGCUGGCAACGAGAGGGCUGCUGUUUAUGGUGGCGGCGCUGGCGGCAGGCUUGCUCUUGCGCGCGGUGUUCCCGCCCGUGAUGGUGUUGCUGCUGCUGCUGGAGGAGCAAGUCCGGUGUCUGCUGGUGGUACUGAUCGUGCUGGUGAUCCAGCCGGUGGUGGUCAAGAUGCUC